CAUUAUGACAAAGCAUCGCUGAUAUUCCUCAAGCAUCCUUACUAGUAAUGUUAGGAUUUAAAUAGCAGUAUAUACUUGCUUCUGGAAACAUGAUCAGCUGAAUUCAGUGUCAACGUGCCUGUUUGUGACCUGUAGAGUGAGCGUAGUUUUCUCUUUCCCUCACAGUGAACAGAGGAGGCUUGUGUUUCUCCUGCAGCACCUGCAUCAACACCUGCGUUCUGCUCUGGAUGAAGAGGAAAAAUACUCAGUUCACCAGGAAUAAUCUGAUCUGAUGUGCAGGUUUCUUAAGCAUGGUGAGCAGCGUUGACUUCGGCCCACUGAUGGAGAUCAUAGAGGCGAGAGACGAAUGGCUGGACGAUGAUUUUCCAAUGCCACUUCCUGCGGAGGGUGACAUGGACUCUUCCUGCGCCCUGAACGAGGGGAGAACUUCUCCCCCAAACUCUCUCCUCAUUGGUGGAGCCGGAGUGGGCGGAGCUCACCGGAAGCGGCGCACGCUGGUGGCCCCGGAUAUGAACUUGUCGUUGGACCAAAGCGAAGGGUCCUUGCUCUCCGAUGACUUCCUGGAUACGCCGGAUGAUCUGGAUAUUAACGUGGAUGAUAUUGAGACGCCCGAUGACACGGACUCACUGGAGUUCAUAACCAAUGGCAAUGACCUGGAGUGGGAGGAUGAUACACCCAUCGCCUCGGCCAAAGCCCCUCCAGCUGACAGCGAUGCUGAUGGAGAAGGUGUGGACGGGACGGGUGUCAACGGGCGUCUGUGGAGAACCGUGAUCAUUGGUGAACAGGAGCAUCGGAUUGAUAUGCAGGUCAUACGGCCCUAUCUGCGUGUCAUAUCACACGGAGGGUACUAUGGCGAAGGAUUGAACGCCAUCAUUGUGUUCACGGCUUGCUACCUUCCUGACAGCAGCUGCCCAGAUUACCAUUACCUGAUGGAAAACCUCUUUCUGUACGUGGUGAGCAGUCUGGAGAUGCUGGUGGCUGAGGAUUACCUGAUCAUCUUCAUGAACGGAGGAACGCCGAGGAACAAGAUGCCUGGCAUUAGCUGGCUCAAGAAGUGCUAUCAGAUGAUCGACAGAAGACUGAGGAAAAACCUGAAAUCUCUGAUCAUCACUCACCCGUCCUGGUUCAUCCGCACAGUCAUCGCAAUUUCCAAACCCUUCAUCAGCGUGAAGUUCAUGAAUAAGAUCCGUUAUGUGCACAGUCUGGAAGAGCUGGAAAAGAUUGUCCCUAUGGAUCAUAUCCAGAUCCCCGAGUGUGUCUUACAAUUUGAAGAGGAAAGAACGAACGCUAGAAAAGAGAGAAUAGAGCAAGAACAGAAAGAGCAGCAGCAACAGAAACCAAUCAACCCCGAGAGGACAACAGCGAUUGAAGAACCCGGACUCUAAGCGCACCAGCUUUAAAUGUUUUGUUGUUGUUGUUGUUGUUGUUGCUGAUCUUGGACCAUUUUUCAUAUUCCCAAAUUAUAUAUUAAUACACAUUUCAGACGACUCGAAGCUGGUCUCAGAUCAGCAACAAAGCGGAAACUUUAAGCAAAAGUUGGAGGGUGAGAAGACCAGCUGCUCUCGCUUUCAUCUGCAAAGGCACAAUUUUAAAAAAGCAUCUCCAAAUCCACCAACAGAUGGCGCUACGAACAGAAAUGUGGCUGUUUGCGGUAGCAGGAUGACCAUCGUGCACUGUAGCCUCUUUGCAGUUAUCGCUCUAUCCCUGCUUUCUGACCCUUGAGAAUGUCUUAUAAUCUGCCUUUAACUGACGGGUGUCCGUUCAGGAUUCGAUUGGCGGUGCAUGUUGAUUUCCAAGCAUCUCUGUGCUUCUCUGUGUGUAUGCGCCCAAAUCGAACGAAACCGUUUUCCAUUUUGCUGAUUAUGUUUCUCUGGAAUCCAGUUUUUUUGAAUGCUUUCACCUGUUUCAUGACCAGCUUUUGUAAAUGAUACGUACCAGUCAUCUCUGAAAACAUUUAGACAUUAGCAGUACUUUUAUGUUGCCUUAUGUUUGCUAUGAAUAUGGCUCAAAAUUAAACAUUCUGCUAUAGGUAUGACUACAGUA